AUGAAUAGGCAGAUUUCCUCGCUAUGCUUGAAGCGCCUUCCUGAGGCCAGCAUUUUGCAGUCUGCUCGAAGGAGAUGCCUUGCCACCGUUUCAUCAUCUUUGAUUGUACAACCUCCGCCGCCGCCCCCACCCCCUGUCGAAUUCCCAGUAGAGCGGAGCAGGGAAUUACCAGAGAGCGUGCCACCGUUACUCGAUCACAGAAUACUCCAAGCUACCUCUAAGCCAGGACGAACGACUCUCACCAAGAUCAUCAAAGAAUACGUCAAUACAUCUGGAAAGGUUCUGGAUCUUGCGUUGCCAUAUGAAUCAAGACCUUCAGAGGCUCGACGGCCAGAUUUUACCAACGAGAUAGAUAGCUGCAAAAAUGUGGUUACUGUUGCACAUUGCGCGCAGGUUGGCACUGAGCAUAAGAUAACGCUUUCGUCAGGCUUUGCGCUUAAUAUCGAUGAUCGCAAAGCUGUCGCGAAAGGCGAAACACUUAUCGUAACUUGUGCUCAUACCCUGGAGGAAAUUCGACAGUCGCCGCUAUUGGUGACGCCUGUCCAUGGGACGACAAAAAAGUACACAGGUUCAUUCAUCGUGACUGGAACUGGUGCUGCGCUGGAGGUCUACCCGGUUUCUCAUGUGCUUUCAGCGCUUCCUCGUUCGGAUUUGAUUCUAUUGUCUUGUCCAUUGCCUCCAAAUGCAAUGAACAGUUUACCUCUGUCGCCCUAUCCGGCCCACAAGGACACGCCCAUUCGAGCGCAUUUUGUGGCACAAGAGAAACCGGAUGACACCGGAUGGAUGCCCUGGAUUGGGGGUACUUGGGGUAAAUGGCACCAUGGAAAGGUGCUCGGAUAUCGCGACUUUGCUGGACGCGAAACCGAGCCCGGCACUUACGAUGCGUUGUCUCACCUUCUGUUUACACCUUUACCGACUGCUGGGUCAAGUGGCGGACCUAUUGUCGACGAGGAAAGCGGGGCGGUGAUUGGUGUCAUGCUUGGUACAAGGAUGGAUAACAGGGUUGAAGGCGUCAGGGGCUGGGGUGUGCCUGCAGAAUCCGUCUUUGAGAUGUUCAGUUUGCCUGGCUUAGAAGGCAAAAAAUAG